AUCCAGCUAGAAUUGGUAAAAAGGAAAUGUUUAAUGAGAUCCGGAUUCUGGGUUUGGCAACAAACUGUGAAUGGUGGAUUUGGUUGUCUAUGGGAUAUUUACUUUCCAAUUAUAUGACCAUGGCUUUAAAAUUUCAAAAUUUGAGGGUGUUAUCUGUGAUCGUAUGACUGACAGCUUUGUGGGUAUAUCAUAUAAGUGGAAUAGGGAGGAGAAAAACAAAAACAAAAAACAAAGGGGAAAACAGAAAAAUAUUUGCAGGUAGUAGUUUAUCUGACACCCUCCACAAACACGGGGUUUCUAGAAUCUGAUAAAGGAGAGAAUCAAACAGAGUCCCAGAAAAGAUUCUCCCCAAUGAUUUUUGUUUCGAUGAGUACUAGAAUGUAAGUGAAUGAUUGGGCCUUCCUUAAUUUCCUAAUAAAAUCAAAUCAAAAGGGAUAGGGGAGGGGUUGCAGAGGCCCGUGGGUGGUAUGGAUGAUUUUCCAAAUGUUUUGUGUGAAUGGAGUUGGGAGGAGAACAAGUCGUUUGAGCUAGCUCUGGCAGUGGUGGAUGAACGAGACCCAGAUCGGUGGAAGGUCGUGGCAGCCAUGGUGGGAGGGAAGAGUGCGGAGGAGGUUGAGAAUCAUUAUGUUAUUCUCUUGCAGGAUUUGCAGUUCAUCGAGUCUGGUGAAAUGGAUCAUAAACUGGGUGAGGCUCAGCCCUGCGUUCAACUCGAGUGUUGGACCGACCAAGAUCACAAGUUGCUGGUUCAAUUGGACAUAAAGUGAUCAGUGGGGUCAAUAACCAUUCAUCAAAGCAGUUGAUUCUUAAUUCAGCUCAUGCUCAGCAAUGAACAUUACAGCUGGACUAUGGUUAGUGCAUUGGUUUUUCUUAUUUAGAACUUUUAGUAUGUUGUCAGGGUAAUGAUCUCUUCUCAAUUGUAAAUCAGAAAUUGCUAGUGACUGCAUUUCAGAAGGAUAAAAUUUCCAAAUUGGAGAACUCUGAUUCCCAAAAUAUAACAUCCCAUGUUUCACUUGGUUAUCAGAUGUUUCUUGAUUUAGUAUGAUGAAUGAGAAAUGUGCUGAAGAGUGUAUCAAGCAACCACCUGGUUACACCAUGUUUAUGGAUGUCUGAACCCUGAGUUGCUGCUGAAAAUUAUCUACUAUUAAUGUGCCUCACCUAUUUCAAAAU